GUGAGAGAGGGAGCGCAGAGUAAAGCUAGGGUGAGGAGAUUGGACCUGGGAGGUGCACGGCCCCUAGUUAUAAGCUGUGGGAGUGGGAGUGCACUGCACUUAACUCUCAGCCAAGCCGACUAGAAUAGUCUGCCUGCCUGUACUGCCUACCUGCCUGCCUGUACUGCCUACCUGCCUGCAUGUACUGCUUCUCUCUCUAUUCUCUCUCUCGCUCGCUCUCUCUCUCUCUCUCUCCUUCCCUCCUACUUUCCACCCCGGAGUGUGAGAGCGCUGAGAUUCAGAAGGUGCGUCUCAGAUCCACUUUUAGUCAGCCUGAAGACGGCAUAGACGUUUUCCCCUCCUCUCUCGCUCUCACUCUGUCCCUCUCUCAGAGUCUCUCUCUCUCACUCGCUCAUUUUCUGCAGAAGCACAUGGACUAAAUUUCCUCCAGAGAGACAGAGAAAGAACCAAAAGAAAAAUACAAUUUGUUCCACCUGCAGUUGGUGAAAAUAUUCAUUUUUUUCUGUUGUUGUUGUAGUCCACCCUCCCUUCCUCUGCACAUGUAAACUAACUCAGCUUUAAAACCAGAGGCAUUUCUACGUUUUUAUUUAUUUUUUAUUCCUUUUUUUGUUGUUGAUAUUGACUGAUCUGAUACCCAAUUUCUCCGGGAGACAUGCGUGGCUGAAGGAGGAGAGGAGCCAGAGGACCCACCUGAAAUUACCACCUCACUGACACCCACACACAUCACAUUCCUCCAUCUAACCUUCAACGCUCGGUGGAGAGAAACGCAAGUUGUUAGUGGCUGAGCCUGGAGCCUGGGAGCCUAAUGACCAUGCUGUUGGCUCCUGUCUGUGUGCUUCUGCUGCUGGGAGGCCGUGUCUUUGGGGGAGGCUACCCCCCCAUGCCCCAGAUGAAGUACAUGCAGCCCAUGAUGAAGGGCCCCGUGGGACCCCCCUUCCGAGAGGGCAAGGGACAGUACCUCGACAUGCCACCCAUGAUGGACGUAAAAGGCGAGCCAGGGCCACAAGGAAAACCUGGACCCAGAGGCCCAUCUGGUCCAUCAGGACUUCCGGGAAAACCAGGACUGGGAAAACCGGGUUUCAAUGGCCAGCCUGGCCCUCAAGGGCCUCCAGGCUUUCCCGGCAUUGGGAAGCCCGGACUUCCAGGUCUCCCAGGAAAGGGGGGCAUGAAGGGGAUGCCCGGGAAUAAUGGUGAGGUUGGGCUCAGGGGUGAACCAGGUCCGAGAGGACUUCCAGGUCAACCAGGUCUCCCCGGGCCAGCUGGCCUGUCUCUGAAUGGCAAACCGGGGCUUCCCGGUGGCAGGGGCCAACCUGGGUCUCGUGGAGAACCAGGACAGAAAGGUGGACCUGGAAAUCCCGGGGAGCGUGGAAUCAAUGGGGAGAAUGGCAAUGGGAAGCCAGGGAUACCAGGACCCAGGGGCCCCAUCGGGCUUAGGGGCCUACCAGGGCCAGCUGGUAACCCGGGUGUGGGCAAACCAGGACUGAACGGGCUUCUUGGUCCAUCUGGGCCUAAAGGGGAUCAGGGGCUCCCAGGAAGAAUAGGAGAGCCAGGUGAGGCCGGCAAUCCAGGGCUGCAAGGCCAGCCAGGACCCAUUGGAUUGGGCAAGCCUGGUAAUGAUGGAUUGCCUGGAGGAACAGGUCCACUUGGGCCUAAAGGUGAGCCAGGGCUGAGGGGUUCUCCAGGGUUUCCUGGAACUCCUGGCUAUGGCAAGCCUGGUCUUUCUGGGCUGAAAGGAGACACAGGCCUUUCCGGAGGACCAGGGGUACCUGGAGAUAAGGGUGAGCAAGGGAUUGAGGGGCAGCCAGGAGACAUGGGUCCAGACGGACACCCAGGACCACCAGGAUUACAGGGCCCCAUGGGGCUCCCGGGAAAACACGGCAUGCCCGGCCUGAAGGGAGAGUUGGGUCCCCAGGGUCAUCCAGGUCUUCCAGGGUUCAGAGGGGAUCAGGGUCCCGGUGGUCUGUCUGGAAAACCUGGCAUUCCUGGAGACAAAGGCCCGCCGGGUCCUAAUGGGGCUAUCGGAAAACCAGGGCCCAAAGGUGAGGCAGGGCAUAUAGGCCUGCCAGGAAAUCCAGGUCUUUUAGGCAAUCCUGGACCAAAAGGGGAGUUUGGGUUUGUUGGGUCUCCAGGACCAAGAGGCCAGUCUGGUAUCCCUGGUCUUCAGGGACCUUCAGGGCCAAUGGGGCCACAGGGUAUCCCAGGUCUGAAGGGCGAAUCUGGGCUGCCUGGUCUUCCAGGACUGGGCAUGCUUGGAGAAAAGGGAGUUCCUGGUCCUCAAGGUCCCCAAGGAAAACCAGGCAACUCUGGGCUUAACGGCAACCCAGGCCCACCUGGGCCACCCGGGCCCCCUGGCCCUGCAGGAAAUGGCCAAACCAUCGUGGCUGGGCCAACGGAUUCAGAGUUGGGCGGAGGCGAGGUACCAAACGGGAGGAACCCAAAACCACAGUUUGGCCGUGCAGAGCUCUCUGCCUCCCUGGCACCAGCAUUUACUGCCAUCCUUACCACACCCUUCCCUCCCUCCGGGAUGCCCAUCAAGUUCGACAGGACCCUGUACAACGGGCAGAAUGCCUACAACCCUGCCACCGGUAUCUUCACCAGCCCCAUGUCUGGUGUCUACUACUUUGCCUACCACAUGCACGUAAAAGGACUCAAUCUGUGGGUGGCGCUGUACAAAAACAAUGUUCCCGCCACAUACACCUACGACGAGUACAAGAAGGGCUACAUGGACCAGGCGUCUGGUAGCGCCGUCCUUGAGCUGAAGGAGAACGACCAGGUGUGGAUGCAGAUGCCCUCGGACCAGGCUAACGGGCUCUACUCCACCGAAUACAUCCACUCGUCCUUCUCAGGGUUCCUGCUCUGUCCCACAUAACGCCUUGCUAGUCAACUAUCUCCUAGGGUAACCCCUAGUGUCCCUAUAUAAUAACACCUGCAGCCAUAACAGAAUAACACCACCUGUAGAAUGUUAUCAUCAACAACGACAGAAAAGACUCUGUGAACGAAAGACAGAAAGAGUUAAAUAACAGGAGAAGGAUACUUCAUGCUGUGCUCUGUGUUUUUAUCUCUUUCUUUCAAAUGUCAGUUUUUGGUUAUUUUUUUGGUUGUUGCUUAUAUUAUUAUAAUUAUUGUUAUUGUCAUAAUUGUAUUUUUAUUUUGCCGUUGGCGUCAAUAUUGCUGUUGUUUAUUGGAUUCAGACUUUUAAGUGCCUUACAUUGUAAUGCGUAAGUAACAGUUAUUAGACCUACCCAUGUGACUGCAUAUCCUACUCAAAUGCUCUGAUCAGUAGGAUGACAUCGUCGGACCCUGGGGCUCCGAUUGGUUCCCCUGGCUGCAGUCACUUCCUGCACAAAAACCUCCCAUUUCCUCCCGUGUGCGUGUCCUCCAUUUUAUGUCAAGAGCUUGCUUAUUUAAAUAAAUAUUUCACAUAAAGAUGUACCAUUACACAUACAGUAUGAACAGUGUAUUCAAUGAACAAAAUGUUCACAUUUAAAAAAAUGUAAAGACCAGCUAUAGGGAUCGAUGGAUCGUUGUUUAUCAGUAAGCUCUGAUGUUUUGACGGUCAACUUCCAGUUGUCUGUUGGGUGAUAAUUUCCUGGCUCUAUAAGAGGCUUGUGCUGAACGGAUUGGUGCUGAUAAUAGAAGCUGAUGGUUUUGGAUUGUGGCUAUUACUUGAUCAAAAAUAAGUCAUUGGUGUAUCCAACUGAUUCACACAAAUCUCUCUUUGACAAAGCAUCAAUAUACAAACCAGUAACCUAAAGAAUUAUAAAUAUAUAGGACACAUUAAAUAGACAACUGAAUAAAUCUAUAAAUAAAUGUGUAUGUUAAUCAUUAUAUUAAUAAAUAAAUGUGUCAGCUAAUGGACAGAAAUAAUAGGCCAAAUGCAUUAGGAUCAACGCCAUGCUUCCCUGCAUCGAUCCAUCCUGUGGCUAUUCCCAUUAAUCACGUGCACUGCAGAUCCCUUUAUUACAUGCUCUAUGCCACACAUACAGUAUACCAUUGACAUCACUGCUUCUUGUGUCCACUAACACCAAGGCUGUGACCGAGCAAUCAAUGCCCUGGGGCCCUUCACAUUAACAUUUAGAGUGAAUAUUCUGAGCGAAAGCUCAUGUGAAAAGCCUCAUUCCGUCUACAAACUACAAAUCUUUCAGAAUUUCACAGAUCGACAACUGGCUAGAGGCCAUCCAACCUGUUUCUACAGAAUAACCCUUUGAAGGUUCAGAUCCAACCAAAUGGGUGCAUAGGGUGCAGUUCAAAUGAUCUCCUACAUCUUACACAGCCCUCCCAGUAUAUGGUGCUAUGGUGUUGAACUCAUUGUGUUUAUACGCGUACAGUAACAAUUUCCAAUCCACCGUAAACAUCACCAUAACAAAGGUUAACCAUUGAUUUUCCAUCUUAAGUUACUGUACAUCGCCAACCAAAAUGGUUUACCCAUUGCUCAGUUUGAUGGAACAUCUGAUAUUGCCACAGGAUAUUCUUAGCUGAUGUCUUCUGACAGAGUAUGAAAGAGGGUGCACUUUCAGAAAUCAGAAUGCAUGGAUCUCCAAAUGAAUAAGUAAAGGGAGAGAGAGAGAGAGAGAGAGAGACAGAGAGAGAGAGAGAGGGAGAGGGAGAGGGAGAGGGGGAGAGAGAGAGAGAGAGAGAGAGAGAGAGAGAGAGGCCCGGUGGUUGUGAAAUCCUGAUUGUAUAACACUUAACAUGGCUCUGCUAUUCUGGAAGAAAUGGUGGGACAAAGGUGAGAAUUGUGUUUGCCAUGUGAGUUUUACUGGUGCUGUGUGGAAUGAGGCUGUGGGGUGCGACUGAUACAGCCGGAAACACUCACACGGUGGGUGUAUCUCUUCUCACUGUGUGUAUGUGUCUGUCUGUUUUACACACACACUCAACUCGCAUCCGUUACAACUUUACCUGGGUGAAUUAUGAACUUCAGAGACCAUGGACCAUGGAGAGUGUUUUCUGAGUCAUUUGGGAGCAUGCACUUCUAAUCAAUAUUCCACCAGUUUGAAUUGAAGAUUUGAUUCGGUUCAAAUAGGACGUGUGUGUCUUCAUGGCGAUUAAGUAAAUGGCCCUCAUAGCUUGGGAAAUGUCACAACAGAAGAGAGGAAUUCUGUUUGGUACAAUUAGUGGGCUACAUACCCACUGGCCACAGAUGUCAGUUCAACAUCUAGUUUUGAUUUACAUUUGGUUGAAUUGUCAACUAACGUUAAUUCAAAGUGAAACAAUGUUGAUUCAACCAGUUUUUUCCCAGUAUGCAAAGAUGAGAAACGUACAAUAGAGAUGCAGGAAAUGUAUGCAAAGUAAAAUGAUUAUAUUGUUGGAAAAAACAUGCUAGACUUUUAAAACAAGGAGUUAUUGACUAACACUGGGCAGGUUACAAAUCAUGAAGGUAUUUUUGUGCAUUAAUUCUGUGAAUUUGGUCAGCAAACUGAUAGUAGACAUGGGAGAAUCCGGGACGGAAUGAACGGGACAAUACCUAUCUUAAAGUCCUUCAUCUUCCAGAAACCUUGGGCUCAAGGUUAUAUCAUACAGUAUAUCACACUUCCUUAUUGUAAAUUCAAUGUAGGGAUAUCAUAUUGUAUGUUUCAAGAUUUAGAGAUAUUAAACACUUUUAUAAAUGGUGGGAAUACAAAGUUUAGACUCCUCUGAUGAUAUUCAUGGUGAAAUUAGCAGAAUGUUUAGUCGCACCCAUCUCUUUUCCUUUGUCUAGAUUUUGAGAUCUGCAACAGUACAACUUGUUUAGUAUUAAUUUGAACUUAUCAACACGAAUUGGAGUAUUUAGAGUACUAAAUAGGUAGAAAACACUUAACAGAAAAAGGCUAUGUCAAUAACUAAAUUUGGACAAAAAUGCAGAUAGAAGCUCUCAAAUACCCAAGAGUUCACCCUUUAUUCAGUCUAGAACCUGAGGCCAAUAUUAAAUCAAAAUGGGUAUGCAGUCCCCCUCAAAAAAAAUAAAAAAAUAACAUCAUGCAUGCUGGAUUAUCGCUACAAUUUUCUGCAUAUUAGACUAAUCAAAACAUACUGUAUUGCUGUGCCUGAAUAAUUGUUCUGGACAUCCUGGAGAAAUGGUCAUCACUUUUGACUGAGUAGAACCUUGAGUCUCACAAUCAGUAUUUUAAAUGUAUGUAGGUCUAAUGGAGGCACUUUCACUGGUCUGUUUGUGGCCCCUUUUCUCUCAUCAUUAUCUGAACAUAACUAAAGCAAAGUCUAUGUGUCAUUAUUGUUGUGUGAGUCCACCAGACAAUUUAAGGCUUGUUUUGGUUAUGUACUGUAUGUUGCCUUUUAUUGCCUCAUUCUUUCAGACAUUUGGAAUGCUGUUUUGGAAUGGAGUGGCUAGACUAUAACUCUCCUUUUUUAUAUUCUUUGUCAUAGACAAUGUCACUUGGUUGCAGAGUUUGCAGUGCGUGUGCAAAAACAUUUUUCUCCCAAUGUACUGCCUUGAUUACAAACUGACUUGUUUUCUAUUCAAUGAUUAAAAAAAAAUUAAAAAAAUAGUUUCUACUUUAAUAAGCCUUUGCUUCGGUUUUAAGGGAUAUUUGUUUGUUAUAGUUUGGAGAUAGAUACAAACGGUCAUUCCCAUUUGCACAUGACAUUAAUGAAGAUGUAUUUAUACAUUUGUUAUAAUUUAACAGGAAUGCCAAAACCGACCACCGAAGCAUGGUAGAAAUGGUAUGUAACAGCAUUGAAUGAGUUAAAAGCAUUUAGAACAUGAAGUCAGCAUUCUAGCAUUUGUUCGUGAAGGAUUUUUUUGUGAUUUUUUGUUCAUUUGUUGUGUAAUGUACAAUGUAUCAACCUAUAGGAUUAUUUGUCUUGUACAUGGCUAUUGUGUGCACUCUAUGCAAUAGAACUUGGGUAUAAAAUGCACUCUUCUAGCUAGAUUGUUUUGGUCUGCUUAUACAAAAUGUACAGUACUUGAUUGUAUUGAUACCACAUCAAUAAAUACUUUCUUGUA